UUUAUCCAGCAUGCGGUUUCUAUAGCAUUUCCAUCCAUACGAUUGCCAUUAAUAGUUUUAAUAUUUUCAAUAUUUACACAUUGUACACGCGAGAGAGAUCAUGGCCGACGAUCCUCCGAUUGAUUUUCCUGUUCAAGGCAUUCUUCCUAAACGGGAAACUGGAGCAGAAAGAUUCCAGACGCUGAAUCCAAAUUAUGAUGGUCGAGGCGUGCUUAUUGCAGUGUUUGAUACAGGCGUUGACCCAGGAGCGGAUGGAUUGAAGGAAACUACAGAUGGAAAAUGUAAAAUUGUUGACCUUAUUGAUUGUUCUGGUAGUGGAGAUGUUGAUAUAUCUGUAGUUGUUAAACCUGAUGAAGAUGGAUUCAUUGUAGGGUUGACUGGGAAAAAAUUGAAGGUGCUCGAAGAAUGGAACAAUCCAACGCAAGACUAUCACAUUGGAAUAAAGAGUGCUUUCAGUGUUUUCCCCAAUUUGCUUAAAGAAAGAAUGAAGAAAGAAGAAAAAGAAAAGCAAUGGGAUCCAGAACAUCGCAGGUUAACUGCCAAUGUCAUGAAAAAAGUUCCAUUAGAAAUGCCACAAAAUAAAGAUGAUAAGGAAAACAAGGAAGAAUGUGAGGCGCAAGUGGAAGUUUUAGGAAUGUUAGAAAAGAGUUAUGAAAGUAUUGGACCAGUGUUUGAUUGUGUCGUAUUUGAUGAUGGCAAUGGUUGGAGGGUCUGUAUUGACACAUCAGAAACUGGUGAUUUGUCCAGUUGUCAGGUGCUAUCACCUUACAAGGAGUCAGAUUAUGGUACUUUUGGUACUCAAGAUAUGAUGAACUACACCGUCAAUGUGUAUGAAAAGGGUAACAUUCUCAGCAUUGUAACUGAUUCAGGCUCUCAUGGAACUCAUGUCGCAUGUAUUGCUGCUGGAUAUUUCCCUGAUAAACCAGAAUGUAAUGGAGUAGCUCCUGGUGCUCAGAUAUUAUCAAUAAAAAUUGGCGAUACCAGACUUGGAUCCAUGGAAACUGCACCAUCCAUGAUUCGUGGGCUUAUAGAAGCUGUGAAAAAUAGAUGUGAUUUGAUAAAUAUGAGUUAUGGAGAGGCUGCUCAUUGGACGGAUUCUGGCUGUGUUAUCAAUCGUAUAAAUGAAAUUGUGGACAAACAUGGAAUAAUAUUUGUAUCCAGUGCUGGAAAUAAUGGUCCUGCACUAUCCACAGUCGGUGCUCCAGGUGGAAUGGCAUCAUCUGCUAUUGGUGUUGGCGCUUAUGUUUCGCCUGAUAUGAUGGAAGGUCAAUAUUCAUUACUGGAAAGAAUUCCUGGAAUGCAAUACACGUGGUCUUCUCGAGGACCGUCGACUGACGGUUCGUUAGGUGUAAGCAUCAGUGCUCCUGGUGCAGCAAUUGCAUCAGUUCCAAAUUGGACAUUGAGUGGUUCUCAGCUCAUGAACGGCACGUCAAUGUCUUCGCCAAACGCAUGUGGUGCUAUAGCUUUAUUGCUUUCUGGUUUAAAACAAAACUCUGUUGAGUACUCCCCAUAUAGCAUAAGAAGAUGUUUGGAAAAUACAGGAUCAUUCGUCAACGAUAUCGAUCGAUUCGCCAUUGGUCAUGGUUUAUUACAAGUGGACAAAGCAUUUGAUUUAUGUCUUCUUAACAGUAACGUUUCUGAUAGAGAACUUCGAUAUAAGAUUCACUGUGGGAAUGGAACUAAAGGAAUUUAUUUACGUGAAUAUCACGAAACUUCUAAAGUUACAAAGAAAAUGAUUUCAAUUGAACCAAAAUAUAUGGAUCAUGUUGAAAAUGACGUAAAAAUAAGUCUUCAUUUGCGAAUAAGUUUGGUGAGUUCUGCUUCGUGGUUGGUGUGUCCCAAAGUCUUAGUUUUAAUGAAUAAAGAGCGAUCAUUCGCCGUUAGUAUUAAUCCUACUGGACUGCCACCUGGUCAUCAUUAUGCGGAGGUAAUCGGCUAUGAUAGCCAAGAUAUCAAACGUGGUCAUUUAUUUAAAGUUCCAGUUUCUGUCAUAAUUUGCUCCAAGAUAGCUGAAGAUAGUUUGGUAGCGUGGAAUGAUAAAGAAAUCAGAUUCAAACCUGGCGAUGUUCAUAGGACUUUCUUUGCUGUUCCUUCUGGUGUAACGUGGGCAGAGUUAAACAUGUCAAGAUCCAGUAACGAGAAAAGAUGCAAGUUUAAGAUUGACGCUGUUCAAAUUCUUCCCUUGAAAUCCUACCAAACUCACAUGUUCAGCCGUUUUAUGGAGCUGAAAGGAAACUCGAACGUCACACUUAAGUUUGCUGUUGAGGCUUGUGUAACAUUAGAGGUCUGUAUUGCUAAAUGGUGGGCAAAUAGUGAAGAAUCGUCAAUUAAGGUCUCCUUAUCAUUUCAUGGAGUGGAACCAAGUUUAAAGUCUGUUACUAUGCAUAGUUCUCAGAAACAUCAACGUGUUGAUGUCCGUUGUGCAAUGGUGCCUGAGGAGAUUUCCCCAAGUAUAAGUCUUAAUACUUAUUGUCAACCAUUAAGACCUAGCGAAAGCUCAAUAAAUCCGCUUGGUGAUAGGGAUGUUUUCCCGAAUGGCAGACAUAUUUACGAGCUUCUGUUGCUUUACAACUUUAACCUGAACAAGGCCACAGAUAUUUUUGUCAACGCCUGCCUUCUUAGUGAUCUACUUUAUGAAUCAGAAUAUGAAGGUCAAAUGUGGAUGCUGUAUAAUUCAAAUAAAAUGUUGAUUGGUGUUGGUGACGCUUUUUCUGAGAGGUACAGUGUGAAGCUUGAAAAAGGAGAUUAUGUCAUAAGACUUCAGGUUCGUCACGAACACAAGGAAAAAUUAGAGCGUCUUACCUCCAUGGAAGUAAUUCUGGAGCAAAAGAUUGCAUCGCCUUUGUCCUUGGACAUACAUCCAAGUCGUUUAUCGGCGAUGAUUUGCAGUGAGAAGUUUGGUACCCGAAAGUUACACCCUAAUGACGUCAUACCAUUGUUUAUAGGUCAUUUGCCACAUGACAAAUAUAUGAAGGGAAUAAAAGCUGGCCAUUACUUAUCCGGUGCCGUAACAUAUCUAAAAUCAACGGAUAAAAACAAAGUCUCUACAUAUCCUUUCAAGUAUAUCUUCUCGUUACCUGCGUUGAAGAAAAAUAGUCAGGAACGAAAAGAUUGUACAGGAAAUAACAAAGUAACCGAUGAAGAAACAUCUGAUACAGACAAUGUAUCAAAGCAAAUUGAUGAAGCAGUUCGUGAUUUAAAAGUUUCUUGGCUCCCAAAAGCACAAGAUUCUAGUCUGUACGAGGAGUUAAAGAAGGCAUAUCCUGAUUACAUCCCACUUCAUUUAGCGCAACUGAAAACAUUAGAUGAAAGCAAGGAUAGAGAUCAAAAGCUGGACGACAUUGUCGCAAUAGCUGAAAACGAUAUAAUACAAAAGAUAGACAAGAAUGAAUUACUUAGUUAUUAUGGAAUGAAAUGUGAUCCUCAAACAGAUGCUGCUAAUAAGAAAAAAGAUAUGGAAAAACUAAAAACUGCUUUAUUGGAAGCGUACAUAAUAAAGGGCAAUGCUUUAGCGUCAAUUUUGAAAAAACAACAAGAAGAUGGAUCAAGUAUAAACGGAGAUUAUUUAGAACAGCUUAAAAGCAUAUAUUCAGAAAUUUUUAAGUGGAUUGAAGUUUCAGAUUCAAAGGUUUCAUCGUUUGUGGUAUCUUAUUUUUAUGUUAUGAAAUACUAUGGUCGAGCUUUGAAAAGAUUGCUUAAAGAUGGUCAGGAGAAAGCCAUGCCGUUGGAGCAAUAUGAAAAAGUGAUUGAGCUGUUUCAUCACCUUGGAUGGACGCAUUGUAGCAAACAUUUUAGAGACAUGAAGCUGGUUCGUUACCCGAAAAAGUAUCAACCAUUUUAAAUAUACACGCUCAUCUGUGCUUUCUACGAUUCCUUACUAUGAUGAAUAAAUUUCCAUACCCAGUUUAUGAAUUAAACGCUAAUUGUUUUACAUUUCAUUUUAAACAUUGUCAGGCGAAUUUUUUAAAUUUGACUGUAUUUUUUGAAUGAUUUCGUAUAGUAAUAUGUACGAAAAUGAAAUAAAGUACUGUUAUAACUCUUUGA